GUGUCCAUGCAAAACGUUGUUUGCCCAGCAUCACACAGGCCAUCCGAGGGGCCAUUAUGGCCAAGUGACAUGUGGGGCAGCAAGACCAGUCGUGACCUCCUCAUUGGAAGCAGCUUUUCUGGUGCCAAAGUCAUCUUCUCCAAACUCGAUCUGCCGCAGGAGAACUUGCAACGCUGGGGUUUCGCCCCCUCUGCUGCAGGAGCAGCAAACGUGACUGUCAUCUGUCUGGACAGGCGAGAGAGGCGAUGCUCGGGGUGGUUUACAUGUGCUGCGGAGGGAGGGGGUGGCAAAGAAGAGAGACGAGGAGGAGGACGAAGAAGAAGAGGAUGGCGAAAUAAGGUGUGCAGGUCAGGGUUGAUGCUCUUGCUGAGUGAUCAGCAUGGGAGUAAGACGGUGACACAGCAAUGCCAUGCACGGUUUGAUAAGCCACCAUCUAGGUCACCUCCAGGAACCUUAAGGCAUGCCAUCGGCAUGGACACUCUGAGGAUGCCACGGGCUUCAACUUUUCGAACUCAGCAAAAUACUGUCAAUCUGGUGACUAUGAAGUUGCAGCGAAGUGCACGUGCGUUGAUUCCGAGGGCUCUUGGGGGUUACGCCAAGCUGGACAUCAUGGCGAGGGGCAGUACCUUUCCGCUCACUUCAAGUCUGAUGAUGACGAGAGGGAUAGGUGCAGCCACUCCAAGCCCACCGUCACCUACUGGUAGGAGAGAUGGGCCAUCACGACCUACCGUUAGGAGAGAAGCAUUGGGUUCGACCCUGAUCCCCCCUCCCUUGACUUCGCUGGCAUCAGCCAAGUCGAAGUCGUUUUUGGGGCCCGGCGUGGUUUAUCCGACUUCAAGGCUAGUUAGACGAACAAGUGGAAUACCACACACACAGUCGACCCCCGUGGGUUCGAACCCGGCACCUCUUCUGGGUAGGAUUUCCUCUGGUGAGCUUGGUGAUUACCCCGAUCGGGAGGCCCUGGAAUCGGUAUCGCAUCUCCCUCUGGAGGACUUGAUGGCAGCAGCUGCUGCUGUUCGCGACCGGCGCGAAGAUGGCCACGUGGUGACCUUCUCUCCCAAAGUGUUCAUCCCUUUAACUCGGCUUUGCAGGGACUCGUGCGCCUACUGCACCUUCGCCGUUGAUCCUAUCGCCGGCACACGUGGAUUUAUGGAAAUGGAUGAGGUGCUGGCUGUAGCGAGGGCCGGUGCCGAGGCUGGAUGCACCGAAGCACUGUUCACACUGGGCGACAAACCAGAACGGCUUUAUCCCGCGGCGAGGGAGGAGCUGGCGGCCAUGGGUCACUCCAGCACACUAGGGUACCUCGCCGAGGCUGCUCGGGAGGUUCUCCUGCAAACUGGCCUUCUUCCUCAUAUCAAUGCCGGCGUCAUGGGUGAGUCUGACGUGGCUAGCUUGCGCCACGUGUCAGUCAGCCAAGGGUUGAUGCUGGAAAGUGCAUCACAACGUCUGAUGCAGCCUGGUGGUCCCCACCACAAGUGCCCUGACAAGUGGCCUCCCUCUCGAAUUGCCACGAUCACCGCCGCAGGCCAGCUCCGGGUCCCGUUCACGACAGGCAUCCUUGUCGGCAUCGGCGAGAGUCGGAACGAGAGGUUGGACGCACUCCUCCUUCUGCGCGAUUUGCACCGAAGGUUCGGUCAUAUUCAGGAGCUCAUUGUCCAGAACUUCAAGGCGAAGAAGAACACAAGGAUGGAGAACGCACCAGAGCCGGCCGUGGAGGAGCUGCUGUGGGCUGUGGCGAUGGCGCGGCUUGCCUUCGGUCCCAGCAUGAACAUCCAAGCACCGCCGAACCUGACACCCCAGGCUGGCGCCUUCGGCCACGGGAAGGAGGAGGAGGAGGGGGUCGCCGUCGUCGAGGACAGUCAGUGGAAAUCUCUCAUAGACGCUGGAAUCAAUGACUGGGGUGGGAUUUCCCCCGUGACGAUAGAUUGGGUCAAUCCGGAGGCGCCAUGGCCUCACAUCGGAUCUCUAGCAGAAGAAACAGCCAGAGCGGGAAAGAUCCUUCUUCCGAGGUUGCCAGUCUAUGCCUCGUUUGUCCAAGAUUCGGCCACGUGGCAAGAUCCACGUGUUCUGCCUCAUGUACUGGCCCUCUCUGACAGCCUCGGCUACAGCCGAGCACAGGUCUGGUCCCCUGGUAUGGCGGAUGUCCCCCCCCCUCCGUUACUCGUUCCUUCAAGCUCUUCAUUGCCAGUUUCAGUAGAAUCUGGUCAAAGGGAUGGCGGUGGACGCGGUGACGAGUCGCCAGCACUUGGAGGUACUAGAAAGUCUGACGAGAGAAAGUGCGAUGUCCGUAAUAAGCUGGAUGAUGUGCAGCUGGUUGACAGAGAUGAGAGAGGAGGGGAGGUUUGUCCUCCUCGGUUAGGACACGUGGCAGCAACCGCCAUGAUUGCAGUGGGAUCGGAUGGCACUCUGGUGGAAAUGGGCAGCAAGGUAGAUGCCCUCCGGUCCUGUAAGGCUAGAGGAGGAGGAGGAGGAAGUCUCACCACCCUUUCCUCUCCUCCUCAAGUGGCGGUUAUCUUAGACAAAGCGCUGGCUGGUGAAGACCUCAAGGAGGAUGAGCUUGUGACCCUCUUCUGCUCCAGGGGCGUCGACUUCUAUGCAGUUUGCUCAGCCGCUGAUCUGCUUCGAUCCCAGAUCAACGGCAACCAGGUGACUUACGUGGUCAACCGAAACAUCAACUACACGAACAUCUGCACGUACAAGUGCGGGUUCUGUGCUUUCAGCAAGGGCAAGCACAGCGACCAUCUGAGGGGGGCGCCUUACAGGUUACCUCUGGAGGAGAUAACGAGGCGAGCAAGCGAAGCAUGGGAGAGAGGGGCGACGGAAGUCUGCAUGCAGGGUGGGAUUCAUCCAGAGUUCACGGGCGAAACGUACGUAGAGAUACUGAGAGCAGCGAAGCGAGGGGCUCCCGACAUCCACGUGCAUGCAUUCUCUCCUCUGGAGGUGUUCCAAGGGGCUCGGACCUUGUCCCUGUCCCUACGCGAGUUCCUGUUGCAGCUCAAGGAGGCAGGGCUGGGGUCGCUUCCGGGCACAGCAGCAGAAGUCCUAGACGAGGAGGUACGGAGGGUCAUAUGUCCCGACAAGCUCACCAGCGACGAGUGGGUGGACGUGGUCGAGACGGCCCAUUCCAUCGGCUUGCAGACGACCUCCACCAUCAUGUUUGGACACGUAGACGGUCCAAGGCACUGGGCUCGGCAUCUGUUGAAGCUGCGGAGCGUACAGAAACGCACAGGGGGGAUCACGGAGUUCGUGCCGCUUCCGUUCGUGCACAUGGAAGCCCCACUCUUUCUCAAAGGGAUGACGCGCAAGGGUCCCACCAUGAGGGAGUGCGUUUUGAUGCACGCCGUGGCUCGCCUGGCUUUGCAUCCUUAUAUCAAGAACAUACAAGCGUCUUGGGUGAAGAUGGGUCCACAGGCAGCAAAGGCACUGCUUAAAAUCGGUUGCAAUGACAUGGGCGGAUCACUCAUGAACGAGCACAUCACUCGAGCUGCAGGCGCAGCUCACGGUCAGGAGCUGUUUCCGACUCAAAUGGAGGAACUCAUACGAUCCGUAGGACGCAUUCCACGCCAGAGAACCACACUCUACGGCAAUGCAGACCCGAUUCAGAACCACAGGUCACUCACAGCGGCCCCUCUGAGGCCAAGUGUUCUUCAGCUAUGGUACGUGUCGGGGUGCGGAGUGAUGCCGAGAGAGACGCCGCGGUGGUGGAUAAAGCGCAGGACCGGAGGCACGUGGGAAGACCUCCGCCAAUGCGACGACACGACGGACGACUACUUCUGGGAAAAGCUACGAAUGUCGCCACGAGUGUUCCAGGAGAUCACGGAGGCAUGUGCGCCUCAUCUUCAGCGGCGGGUGACGUUUUACAGGGAGCCUCUGCAGCCUGACCAGAUUGUCGCAUACACAUUGUACAGGUGGGCGUCGGGUGAGACAUACGAGAGCGGCACGUGCAACUUCGGGGUUGGCAGAGCCUCUGGCCUCGUCGCCGUGCGCGACGUCACUGCCGUGCUGCUCCGGGUGUACGCAGAUAAGAUUGCCUGGCCGAGUGGACUUCGCAAGCUCCUCGUCCUGCGGGCGUUCGCUGAUAAAGGAUUCCCCAAUUGCCACGGUUGCAUCGACUGUACUCAUAUCUUCGUCGACAAGCCGGCGAACGCCCCGAGCGAGAACUAUUACGACAAGAAGCGCCGUUUCUCCAUCGUCGCGCAGGUUGUCGUCGACGUGCACUGCGGAUACCCGGGGAGCUGCCACGACAUCAGGGUGCUCCAGCUGUCCAGCCUCUGGCAGUGCGCGGAGUCAGGGGAGUUGUUCCGUGGUCCGCCUGUGACACUCCCUUUUGGUGUGCGCACGAACGGCUACGUCCUGGCGGACAACAGUUACCCCCCAUCUGAAUGGAUGGUGGUCCCCUAUGGAGGCAUCAAUCAGCACGUCGACGACGAGCGUUUCGACAACAAGCAGAAGGUGGCGAGGGGAGCGGUGGAGCGAGCGUUCGGCAGGCUAAAGGGCAUGUGGCGUCUGUUUCUGCGAUCACACAAGACGAACCUGGACACUCUCCCGCAGCAGUUCACCGCCGUCUGUAUACUGCACAACAUACUUAUCGACGCCGGGAUUCCAUUCGACGAGAACCUGCUAUGGGAGGUCGACGCUAAUGGUGUGCGAAGACGUGUGGACCUGGGGAUGGAAGAGCCCCUGCAGCCCGUGUCGAUGCUUAACUACGGCCGACGAAGCGUUGGCCCUGCGCACUGCUCUGUCGGAGCGAAUGAAACAGCUCUGAGUCCUGUUGCGACUCAGCACGGCAAGGAGUGGCAUUGUGUUCGUCGCAGCGAUGGCAAGAGGGUGGAGACUUCGUUUUGUUCCGCCUUCUGCGGGGUGUCUAACUGCAGGCCGGGGGUCAUCGUCGUCGUUGAUGGUUGUCAUCCCUAGGCGUCGACGUUGCGGGUUUCGU